UUUUCUCUCUCUAAAAAGCAUACUCCGUCCUUUUUCCUCUUCUCUCUCUAGGAAACCUCUUUCCUUUCUCACACUAAAAAGUCACCCCCUCACAUUACAGCGAACCAUCCUUACCCACUUUCUUCGUAACUUCUCCAGCGCGUGCAGAAGUUGAAAGACUACCUUCCUCUCUCUCUCUCACACUAAAAAAUCAUCUCUAUCUUUCUCUCACUAAAAAAAUCUUCUAUUUCUUUCUCUCUCUAACUUUGCCUGCAAGAAUUCGAAGAGACCUUCCUUUUCUACUCUCCUUUCCCACAAUCUUCUCUCUCUAACCAGCAAAAUCUAGAGAGAGAAAAUCUAGAGAGAGAAUGGGAACGAGGACACAACCCCGGCUGAGCUCACAGACCAUGAAGUGGGUUGGUUUGGUUGCAGCCGUCUGGGUGCAGGCGAUUUCAGGGAACAACUACACAUUCGCCAAUUACUCGGCCGCUCUGAAAUCUCUGAUGGGUCUUACUCAGCUCGAGCUCAACAAUCUCUCUGUUGCAAAAGACGUGGGAAAAGCCUUUGGGCUUCUUGCAGGUCUCGCCUCUGAUCGUUUGCCCACAUAUGUUAUUUUGUUGAUAGGUUCAUUGGAAGGUGCAGUCGGCUAUGGUGCUCAAUGGCUUGUUGUUAAUCAAACCAUCAGCCCUUUGCCGUAUUGGCAGAUGUGUAUAUUCAUGUGCAUGGGAGGAAACAGCACGACAUGGAUGAACACCUCAGUUCUAGUCACCUGUUUAAGGAACUUCAGGCGAAACAGGGGCCCUGUAUCAGGAAUUCUCAAGGGCUACGUCGGUUUGAGCACUGCGAUUUUCACAGAUAUUUGUUCGGCUCUGUUCGCGGAUAGCCCCGCGUAUUUCUUGCUCAUGCUCACCUUCGUUCCAGGUCUCGUCUGCGUGUUCGCGAUGUUCUUUAUGGGAGAGCAGGCGACGGCCUCCUCCGAUCUCGAAGAAGAAGAUCAAGAAUCCAAAUACUUUCUUGGCGUAAACACCUGUGCAGUAGUUAUAGCUUGCUAUCUGUUGAUUUUCGAUUUAACAGGGACUCAUUCGCAGGCGAUUUCUCGGGCUUUUGCAUGUGGGUUGGUGCUAUUGCUUGCUUCUCCACUGUUUGUGCCGAUUCAUGCUGCUUAUAAGGAAAGAUACUGUGAUGGCAACAGGGUUGAUGUAGAGCAAGCCCUCGAGCCUUUACUGGAAGAGCAAGGGGAGGGUUCAGGGGAAGAGAGAGAAAGAGUGGUGAAGAGGCCUGAGAUAGGGGAGGAGCAUACAAUAUGGGAGGCGUUAAGGACUGUGGAUUUUUGGGUACUUUUUGUGUCAUUUUUGUGUGGCGUGGGGACUGGGCUGGCAGUGAUGAAUAACAUGGCCCAGAUUGGGCUGGCCCUUGGCUAUGUUGAUGUCUCUAUCUUUGUUUCCUUGAUUAGCAUUUGGGGUUUCUUUGGUCGCAUCGCCUCCGGCACUCUAUCUGAAUUCUUCAUUAGGAAAGCAGCGACCCCUCGGCCUAUGUGGAAUGCAGUAUCUCAAGUCUUAAUGACAGUUGGUUACAUAAUUCUCGCCUUAGCUUUGCCGGGAUCAUUGUACAUCGGUUCAGUGAUUGUCGGUUUAUGUUAUGGUGUACGAUUAGCUGUGUCAGUGCCCACUGCUUCAGAGCUCUUUGGUCUCAAGUACUACGGCCUGAUAUACAACAUUCUCAUACUCAACCUCCCUCUUGGUUCCUUCCUCUUCUCUGGUCUGCUUGCUGGUAUUCUUUAUGAUACACAAGCGACUGAGGGCAGCGAUGGUAGCAAUACAUGUGUUGGGGCUCAUUGUUAUAGAACAGUGUUCAUCGUCACGGCUUUCGCCUGUUUAGUUGGAUUCGGGCUUGAUAUUUUACUGGUUUUUAGGACAAGGAGGAUAUAUGCAAAGAUCUAUAAGAUGAAGAUGAAGAAAUCGAGGGCUUUGAUCAAGAAUUGAAAUGAGGUAUAGAAGCCUUGUGUUUACCUUGUUAGAGCUACGAUUUUUGUUUUUGUUGUUUUUACAUGGAGAGCCUAGGCUGAUUUUUGCCUCUGAUGGUCUCUCAUUGAAGCAGAUUACCAGUCCUUUUUCAAGUGUUAUAACAAAAAUGCUUCCUUUGUUUUCUCUAUUACAUCCUCAAUAAUAUACAUCAAAAUAGUCGA